CCCCCCUCUUCUUUUUUUUAACAGGGAAACCAACCAAGGUUGUUGGUGUCUGGUGGACGGAGUCUGAUAGAGUUUGCUGCUGGCUACAGGAUCCUCUGCAGCAGGAGAGCUGUGCCAUUCCCUUUUUGUCCUCUUCAUGUCCCCCCCCUGUGUGUUUCCCUGUGUGUUAGUCACCCCACACCCCCUCCUUUCCCCCUCCCAUUGAACCCCUCCUGUUGUAUCACCACUCCAGCACAGAGCACCCCCUCACCCCUGUCACCCCAUGCUUGGGACAAAACCAGCUCACUGCCAGCCCAAUGACUGCCUGGAUCGUCCUGCCUGUCAGCCUCGCUGCCUUCUCCAUCACAGGAAUAUGGAUAGUAUAUGCCAUGGCUGUGAUGAAUCAUCAUGUUUGUCCUGUGGAAAAUUGGUCUUACAAUGUAACAUGCACAGAGGAGCUGCCCAGACCAGGUUUCCCCAAGACUUGCUGCACCCUGCAGGACAUUCCCCUCAUCAGUAAAUGCGGCUCAUAUCCACCAGAAAGCUGCCUGUUCAGCCUGAUCGGUAAUGUUGGAGCCUUCAUGGUGGUGAUGGUGUGCCUUCUGCGCUACGCCCAGGUGAUAGAACACAGCCACAGAUGUUGGGUCAACACCGGCGCCCUGGUCUCUGGCUGCACUAAUGCCGUGGGUCUGGUCAUGGUGGGAAACUUCCAGGUCGACCACGCCAAGUCUCUGCACUAUGUGGGUGCCGGUGUGGCAUUUCCAGCUGGGCUGCUGUUUGUCUGCCUGCAGUGUGUGCUCACGUACCGCGUGGCUGUGACCGCUCUUGACUACUGGAUGGCCCAUUUCCGGGUGGCGCUGGCUCUGGGGGCCAUGGUCUCCCUCGUCCUCAGUGGCAUCUUCUUCAUUCAUGAGAGCUUCAUCCUGCAGCAUGCUGCAGCCAUCUGUGAGUGGGUUUUCACUGUGGACAUCCUGGUCUUCUACGGCACCUUCACCUAUGAGUUUGGCACCGUCACAAGCGAGACCAUGAUGGCCGGCCUGCAGCAGAGUCACCAUCACGGCUCGGGGAUCAUCAUGGGCUCCAGAGCCCGCUCCGCAGCCCUCGGUGGGGCCACAAAGGGCCUCAAGUCUCCCGGGGGAAGCAGCACAUCCACACAUCUCAACUGCACCCCAGAGAGCAUAGCCAUGUUGUAGCUCCGCAGCGCCUAGGUCUGACCGCAGAGAUGCUUCAGCAGCUGCCAGGAGAAAGACGAGGCAGCAUGAGGAUAUCUAUAUACAUGUUUGAAGAAUGGAGCCAAAACAUGUUCAUACUGUAAAACCCCGAUAAUCCGUCCAGUUCUGCACGGCAGCGCUGGGCUGAGCGCUGCAAUGACGAAUGUUUGAUCGCUGAUCAAUCAGAUCUGCAACUGAGUUGUUCCCUUCAUAUUUUUGAGUGCCUCUAAGGCUUUUUAAAAAUGUCUAUCUUUGUUGGCUCUGUCACAGGAUUUGCUUUUCUCUCCUUCCUCCUCAGUAUUCAGACUGUCCUGUGGCAAACGUGGUCAAUCUUCUGUUUCUGCUCCCUUUUAUCUGCGCACCACUUUGAGUGAGAAUCAGCAGGUAUGACUAAACUUCAAGUUUAUUUUAAGCAACAAAAAAAAAAAUUUUUUUUUUUAAUGUAUGAGAUUUUGUUCCGGUACGUGACUGUUACUUUUUUUUUUUAUUCAUGUGUCAAAUUGACAAAUCUCAUGAACACAAGUUCUCUUGACACUUUUUUUUUUUGGUUGCACAGUUUCUGCUCUAUGUGGAAUCAACCCCUGUACACCGGUGAUUUGAAUGCAUUUUAAGUUAUAUUAUGAACUGUCUUUGCGUACUGUUAACGUUUUUCUUGCUAGAAUGAGUUUGCUAUGUGAGUGUAGGACAUAACGGCCUGUGCUGGACCUUCUACUUAAUUUCUGUCUGGUGCAGUUUCAUCAGCUGCAGCUGGGUUCAUAUUCAUUUGGAUAUUGGCAAAGUUUUCUUUAAGUAGAAAAUUGGUUAUCUUUAAUAUCUGAAUUUGGUGGAAAUUCACAAAACCAACAGCGUUUUGUCUGUCUACUUUUUUUUUUUAAUGAGCCAGUUAAUUGGACCAUCUGAUGAUGAGGUGUUUCCAUGUGCAGGUGUGUUUUAUUCCCCAUCAGCAUUUCACCAAUGUGCCAGUAUAAAAACAUCUAUACCAGUGUUGGUUAUGGCCCUCUGGUGGUUUCUGAAGGCACUGCAGGUGGAGGGAAGCUCUCACUAAAAACAAAUCUUUUAACACAACAUAUAAAAACUUAAAUUUUAAUAUGUCGGUCAAAAUAUUUAUAAAAGAUUUGUGUAGGCCACAGCAAAUUUUCGGAUUUUGAAGUGGGCCUUAAGUGUUAUUACGUUUGGGGAAAGGCUGGUCUUGUUUUCUUUCUCCUGUUGCAGGUCCCUUAGAGUUAAGCAAAAUUUAAGAAGUGGAAAGCAUAUAAAGUGUCUAAAACAGGCUGUAAGUAACAUUACUUAGAGAAGAGAAAACAAAGCCACUGGAGACUUUAACAACAUGCAAAUAGCUCACAUAACCAAAACUGUCAGUGUCCAAAUACGUAUAUGAACCUAAGUGAAAGUGGCGAGUGUGAGCAAAGCCUCUCCAGUGUGGAGAUUUAGGUUUUCAUGUGUAUUGAAGCUACCUAGGCUCACUGAUAAGCGGGUCACUGAAGGUCAAAGUAUAGUUUUCAUGAGCCGUAUGUAUGUUGAAAUCGUUUUUCUGGGUGCAGUUUUGAUUCCGUGUUGUACCUUGAAGAGUAGAGUUCUGAGAGGUUUCUUUAAAUAUUCAAUGAUGUGAGUAAUGGCGUAACUGUUCAAAGGUGUGUGUGUGAGAACGAUAAACCUUAAGUUGCCAUCAUGCCACCACAUACAGCGGCCUUCAAUGUCAAACUAUAUUUUUAAUACUUUGUUGCCAAUUUUUUAAACCACAGGUCAACAUCUGACUGCAUCAAGGCUCUAAGCUUAAACAAAAGCUGCAUGCCACUACCUAUAAAAUGGUAUUCCCAGUUUGGAAUAUGCUCAGAUUUUACAUUAUUCUUGUUAUCUUCUGUAACCACUAGUUAUGUUUACCCUUUGAGUGACAUCACACACCAUCAUAGAUACCAGCAAUAGAUUUUUUUAUUUUUUUUUAAAGGUCACAUCGCCUACCUCGAUUUUCUCUUGUGGGUUUGAUGAUCUUUCUUCAUUGAAGUUGUGUUGAACGUGACGGCAGCUCAACAUUUUAACAAACCGUGUCAAUCCGCAGACUCGUCUGUUAACACGUUACAUCACACACGGAACUGUGUCGGGGUGAUGUUUGAAGAACUGUGUUUGCUUUACCAGACUUUUUUGUGCAGACCAAGCUCAUCACCUGUAAAGUGUGUGUUCAGCAUUCUGGACUCUCUGACAAGAUUUGUUGUGUUCUGCUCCUGUUGCCAAAACAUAGGAUCUGAGAUGAGGGUUAGAUGUUUACCCAUUCCAUAAGAGAAUCUCAUGCAUCUUAUUUUUAAGCCUUAUCCCUCAUACUGUGCCAGAAGUGUUCAAACAUGCAUUUUUUUGUUCUUUAAAAAAAAGGACAAAAAAAAAAGUAGUUCAUGCACGUCUCCCCCCAUUCUGUAACCACAUCACACAACUUACAGGCAGCUUCCAGUAGCCCAAACAUCAGGGCCUGAUUUAGUCUGGAGCAACAUUACACCAAAACAUCAGAAUCUAUAAGGGUGCUUUUUAUUUUUCUCCAUUUCAAGAAGUGGCUACACGUGCAUCUGUUCAUUACACAAACACAAUCUUACAAAAAGCUGUCUGAUCCUGCAAACUGCAACAGACAUAUCUAAUGUAAAAAAAAAAAAAGAAAAAAAAAAACUUUUCUUAUGUAUGACAAACUACAUAUAAAGAUGUAUUUUAUUGUAAUGGAGGAAAUCUGUGGAAUCUCUCAAAACAAGUCAAUGCGAUGAUACUGUUUGUUUUUUAUAAAUUCUGUAAAUAUGUAUGAUCUAUCAAUUCGGUAUUUUCUUUUGCCAGAGAUUUAUAUUCAAAUAUAAAAUAAAUUAUUCGCAAAUA